CUGCUAAGCUCAAUGAAACCAAGGAUGUGCUGGGUGUUGAAAGCGAUUACCAGGCAGACAUGGCUUGGGGGGACCUGAGUAGACAGGGUUUUGGGCCAAACCAAGACCACACAGCAGUGCAACAACUGCUUAAAAUGGAACCAAAGGUGGAAUGCACAGGAGACUCCAUGAAGCUUCUUGUUCAAGAUGCUGCUUCUACAUCUGGAUCGCUGUUCUUCGUGGACAGAGGACGCUACUUGGCCCCCCUGCCUCUGUCCAAGCUGCCUCCGAGCUGUGGUUACACCAUCAGGUCGACACGAAGAGACCUGGUCUUGGUUGCGCCGUACGACGGUUGCUUUGUCACCGUGGAGGAGGGCAGCUACGUCCUGCCUUUGCGUUGGUGGGGGUUACCGGUGAGGAUGACAUGCCCUUUGAUGAAACAGUCCUUGACAAACCCCCCAAUGGUCACCUGCCACACCGAGGGCAUGGUCGUGAAAACCGAGUGGACCAUCGCCGCCUCAAAAAUGAAAGUAAAUUGAUGGAUUUUACACUCUGGGCCUGUCUGGACUUGGAGAAACACAAAUUUCCUGUCCGUCACUGUUAGUAACUCAAUCGGAACCCCCUCAAAACCCAGCAACGGUUCUAAUACAGCAAACGACUCAAACCCCAAAUCCUGCAAAGGUCACUGCGCCUCAGUUUUCAAGCUUUAAUCAGAACCCAAAGAAUCCAAAUCCAGGACCAAAGGAUAUCCAUCAACCUCCGUUACCUUACUAUCCUAUGUACCCUAGUUUCUUUUACCAUUAUCCUCCAAGCCUAGACAUUACUUCUACGGUACAGUCUCCAAACCCUUCCACAUCACCUCUAGUAAAACAAACCACCAAGGACCAAAGACCACAUUACUUUGUUCCACUUUAUCCUCAGCCCUCUACACCACAACCUACCCCUACACAGCCACCAGUAGCUAAACCACCACCAGGUAAAUUGGAUGACCAGUUUUUUCAAAAUCCAUUCAACAUCCCAACUAUGCAGCCUCAGAAACCCGUGGGACAACCUGCAAGCCAGCCUAAGGGCCCAGAACAAGGACCCCUUUACCCAUUCAUUUUUCACCUUCAGCCACCGCAGCCACAAGCAUCUGAAGCUCCCCGAGGAGAAACACCUUCUUAUACACUGUAUUCUGAAACAUUAUCAAAAAAACCUGGGCUACAACAGCCCACAGUUCCUGUGAAGCCUCAGGAACACACGGUGGCACCGCAGCCUGAAGCUCCUCAGGGCCCAAUGUAUCAGCCGUUUUACCACUACUCCUACUAUUCCCAGUCACAACCGGCUUCAAACCCCACUGCUGCUCCUCAAUCACCGCAUCCUGAAGCCCCACAAGACUCAGUAUACCAACCAUUUUUCUACUAUCCCUACUAC